AUGUCUUUUUCUCAUUUUGCCCUUGUGGGCCUCCUGCUCAGCCAGGCUUCUGCCAUUUCCCUCUCUAGUGGAAUUGCUAGCAGUCAACCCUACGUCCACUCCGCCACUUGCCGUACAAAGCUGGCUACUACUUCAAUCGCUUCCGUACCUACUACGACUAUCACCCGUCGAGUUCAUGAUCCGACUCCCGUGGUCGUUUUCUCCACUAUUCAGGACACCGUCACUGUCACUCCUUCAGUCUCAACUUUGACCGAAUCAGACUAUGAGACUAUUACGGUUACUUCCACCGCGACCACUGUCACCGAUGUCUUCUCAACCACUUCGACUGAGUUCGAUACUACAACCUUGACUGUCACUCCUGCUGAUGUGACAUCAACUAUCACUGAUGUGUUUGCAUACACCAGCACUAGCACCGUGACGGUCGCUACCUCGUCAGGCUUCACCCCUCUUGUAGAUACGCUUCCAACCACUACGUCCCCUGCAAAGCGAUCACUCGACACAGAGGACGAAAGCUGCGCUCCUAUUCUGGAUGAUUAUCAGUAUGCCGAGGAAGUGAUCUGCCACGAGAAGAUUAUUCUCAAGACCACCACCACUUCAACCGUCACUGCGACCCCCAUUACCACCACUGCCGUUGCCCCGUCCACAACCGUGACAGCCACUAUCAGCAUCACCUCCAGUUCGGUAGUUGUGCCCUCCGAUGUCUCCACUACGUUGAGCUUCAGCACCACUUCAACCAUCACUGAGACCUCCACGGCGUCUGCUGUCACCGAUACUGUGACCUCCACCCUGACAGUGAUCUCCGCUAUCGAAACCGCCUCCACCUACGCAGCAUGCGCCGCCAACAAUGUUGCCGGUGUCCCUCUCUCCUCGGAAUUUGGCAGUUUAGCCGGCGAAUAUUUCUACCUCAUCAACUUCUCCGGAAUCAGUGGUGAAAGUCUUACUGUGGGUAGUUCUGCAUCUGCCUACGACUGCUGUGUGAGCUGCCAGGAGAAGUCAAAUUGCGCCAUUUCCUACUACAACCAGCUCACCUCUUCCAUUGCGUACUGCUACUUGGUUGAUACAACAGUAUGCACGGCUGGGUCUAACUCCAACUAUGCUACUGCUUAUAUGAGAACCACUGCGGAUACUAUUCAAAUGUCCAAUGGAAACUGUGGCAGAAUCAAGUCAUCUUGA